CAACAGAAUUUGAUAACAGAGUCCUCCUUUCUCAUCAUUAUUAGACCCACCUAUGAGGAGGAGCCAAAACCACAAGAACAACUUCACCCCAAACCAAGAGUUGGGAAAGAGGCACCGUCUCCUGUUGUUCAUUAGGACUGAGCGAAAAACAGCACUUUUGUGUGAAUGUGCAUGUCAUGACAGCUACCUGGAGUCAUUCUUGGAUCACUUGGCUUGCAUUUUCUUUCCUCAUUUGGAAUGUCACUUGCCAGCAACUCAAAAAGGCCAGGGCUCCCUUACUUCCGCACAAACCCUUCAUUGUUAUUUGGAACGCUCCCACAGAGUCAUGUCGACUCAGAUUCAACGUCGACCUGGAUCUCAGUGUUUUUGACAUUGUGGCCAAUCAAAAUGAAACUCUGAGUGGUUCUAAUGUUACAAUAUUCUACCACACUCACUUAGGCCAUUACCCAUACUACUCUGAUGGAGGAGAUCCCGUCAAUGGUGGACUUCCACAGAAUGAAAGCCUGAAUAAGCACUUAAUCAAAGCCAAGUCUGACAUUGACAGAUUUAUACCAUUAAGGAACUUCAAAGGCUUAGGGGUAAUUGACUGGGAGAACUGGAGGCCACAGUGGGUUAGGAAUUGGGGAUCUAAGAAUAUCUACAGAAACAAAUCAAAAGAAAUUAUUAAGCAGCGUCACCCACAGUGGUCAGAUCCAGAAGUUGAAAAGAAAGCAAAGGAAGAAUUUGAGAAGGCUGGUCAGACCUUCAUGAAUACAACACUUUUGCUGGCACAGAAUGAAAGACCCAAUGGACUAUGGGGAUUUUAUCUUUAUCCAGAUUGUUACAAUUAUGACUAUAAACAGCAUCCACAUAGCUACACAGGACAAUGUCCAAACAUUGAGUACAUCCGCAAUGACUACCUGCUUUGGCUUUGGAAAGGAAGCACAGCACUUUACCCUUCCAUUUAUUUGGAUUAUGAAUUGAGGUCUUCACCCAGUGCCCUAAAAUUUGUCCAUUACCGAGUAAAAGAAGCCAUGAGGAUUUCAUCAAUUGCUCGAAAUGACUUUAUGCUGCCAGUAUUUGUUUAUUCAAGACCUUUUUACGCUUAUACUUUUCAUAUUUUGUCUGAGAUUGACUUGGUCCAUACCAUUGGUGAGAGUGCAGCUUUGGGUGCCGCUGGUGUUGUUUUGUGGGGAUCUUCAGAAUAUGGCAGUUCUGAGAGCAACUGCCGUGCAGUGAAAAAGUAUAUCGAUGGACCUUUGGGACACUAUGUCAUAAAUGUGACUUCGGCCUCUAAGCUCUGCAGCAAAGCCUUGUGUAAGAAGAAUGGGAAAUGUAUCCGAAAAGAUACAGCUUUUGGCGCAUAUUUACACUUAAAUCCUACGUAUUUUAGAAUCUGGAAGAACUCCCAUGGAAAUGGCCCCAGCUUUUUGGUUCGUGGACACCUGAGCAGAGAAGACAUCUUGUUCAUGAAGCAGAAGUUUACCUGUCAGUGUUAUCAGGGCUGGACAGGCGUGUUCUGUGAGCAGCCAGAACUCACUGACUUCACAAGUCACAGAGGAAAAAAAUAUUUUUCAUCAACUAUUGUCGGUCCUACUUUGCAUGUUACAUGCAUGUUAUCUUUUGCUCUGUUCUUUUUCGUUUUGAUUUGCAAAUUUUUAUUUGCUUAGCUCUCCCCAAAAAUCCACACGUACAUAGAUGCUGCCAUCCAUUUACAAACCUAUUUAAUACAAGGUCAUGGGAGCGGUACUCUGGACACAAGACAGGAAGCAACACCAGAUGGCAUGCCAGUCCAUCAUAGGGCAAACCUACCAAGUCUUUCAAGCAGACCCGGAGAAGACUUGCACCCACUUUAACUUUUACACGCACUACAUAAAACAAAACAGUCCGACCCACCAUCUUAUAUAGGAAAAUGUAGAAUGCAAAGCCCAUUUAAGAUAAAGCUUUAUAAAAUCCAAGUGCAUUACUUGUAAGCACCACAUGCUUCUCAAAGUCAAGAUAUAUAGAAGUCAGUUAGACCUGCCUGCCUAAGCCAUUCCCAAAAGAACUCCUGUAUACCUGGAAAGGUUUCUUCAAUACUCAUUGAAAGAGAGAACUUCUCCAGGUUAUAUGUGUAAAAAAAUGAUGAAGCGGGGUCUCACAGAUCUACAAUAACCCCAGGAGUCACUGAGAAGACACCUGAGAAUGUCAGUCCAAAUAUUAAUACUCUCAAGAACCUUUUCUAGCACAUGGUAGAGCUAAUGGUAAAGUGUGAAGGGCUCUAGGACCCACUAAAUAACACUUUGGACACCUGAAAUCUUACAAAUCUUGAUUAUGAGCGAUCCUUGCAAAAUAAUUUUUUUAGGUCUGUUUUAUGUGUUAUAAAUAACUCAGUUCUCAAUUAUGGCUUUAUGAGAAGUAUUGUAACAGUUAACAGACAGCUUUUAAUAAGUAAGGUGGGAUGACAGCCCACCUGCAAGUGCUUCACAGUCCCGGUGAGGCUAGAAGCAACGGUGGCCAUAGCCUUUUCUGGCAGGAGUGGAAAACAUGUCCUUUGCCAAACCUCAAGAGAAUUUUAGAAAGAGGGCUUAGACGUUCACAAAAGAUUUAUACACAGCACUCCCAAACACUUGCCUUGUUCUCACUGAUGUGUAAGAUUGUGAUGGAGGACAACAGAAAGUGAUUGAGAUUGUUGAUUCCGGUGGUGCUCACAUUGCAAUCGGCACUUCUUUACACUCAGAAUGUUAUUCAUCUGCUUUCUAUGCUCUUAAUAUCUAGAGGUGCGGUGCUGUUCUGGAGCAGAGUGGUGAAUUGGUUCACGGUAUCCAAUCAAUGUAAUCCACAUGAUGAAAUAGCCAUGUUAACUUUGCACACACAGCAUACAAGUGAGUAUGUGUCAUUUAAAAAUGGUUGUUCUGCAUGAUGUUGGACAGAAAUACAAGGUGGAAUGGCUUGUGUUUGCAAAUGGUGUUUGAUGUGAUUUGUCUACUUAAGAUUUGCAUUUCCUAACCAGUGGCAUUCUCCAUAACUAAUUUAUUGUAUAUUCCAUUUUACUAGUGUAAUAUUUCAUCACUGGAACACUAAUGGGACUCAAUGGGGUAUUUUAAAUUCUGUCUAAAAUCCCCAGGCAGUCAUCUGAAAAAUGUUACUGCCAGCUUACCUUAUUAUGUACUAAAGUACUGCAGGAAAGCACCCCUAAAGUUUAUAGUGUCCAAGAUAACUAUUUCAUUUAAUAGAAAAACAAAAACUUGCAAACUGGAAUAAUUCCCUGGGGCUCAAAACUCGCCACCUUGCUAUAUGUAUUUCUAGCUCUGGUCCUUGAUUACUUCAUCCAUCUAAUGAAGCCAAAACCGACUUAAGCUAUAAGCUUAAGCUAAGCAACUAUAACACCAUUUUUACUUUAAGACACCAUGCAUUACACUAAGAGAGUGCUUCUCUGUCUUUGGGCCAAGAUAUACCAGAAGAAAAAAAUACAUGUCGCAAAAUGCAGACAAAUAAUGAAGGGGAAAGUGCUGUGGUCUGCAAGGGAUCUGGCACUUUCAAAAAGAUCAAUUUUCCAGGAAGACGAUGAUUCAAAACAUAUAGAACAUUUUUUGCAGAAUAUGCAGAAGUUUACUGUUACACUGAAACUGAAGAUUUUUUUUUUUAUGUUUUCCUUUUGAUUGUUGGAAUAAAAAUGAUCUAAAUGCCAUCAUGAAACAAAAUAAAAAGUUCAGAGUUGGAGGGUAUAUAAUAACUUUUUAUAGUUAAGAUAUUUGUGCUGACAAGACCAGACUAAAAAGGUAAAAUAUACUUGACACAUGGCGCUAUUCCUGUGGUAAUCUUAUGUUGAUUUUUUAACAAAAAAGUUCAAGUGCAUGUAGACGUGCUUUAUGGGUGAUGUACAUUCAUUUCAUAAAUUGGACUUCAUAAUUGUGUUCAAUGCUUAGAUUGAAGCUAUUCUACUGCACAAACCUUCCCAAUAAACUAUCCAUUACAGUGUGUAAUUAAUAUAUAUUUGCUUUUACAACAAAAACGAGGAAAUGUAAAUAAAGUAUAAAUUGCACAAAAUCUGUAUGUGCUUGUAUUUUGUAUUAAUCAAUGUAUAUCUGUUCUGCUCCUAAUACUACUGGGUAACGAAGAGACAAACAGUGUAAGUAAAAGUAUUGUAACUAAUGUGG